AUGAAUACUCAACACGUAAAGAAUUUAAGGCCAUCCGAAGCAGAUAUGUGCUAUGGAGCAGCUCUUCCUAUGGCAGAUCAACAUACUAUGGAAAUUCUGGAGGUUGGCCUUGCUUUCUGGAGACUCUAUCUAAUCGAUUGUUUGAAAAGCCGGUUGUCUUCUUGCCUGAUGCGUGAGGUUCUCAAUGAUAGAUUGGGAAUUUGUGGGCAACAGAAUUGCAUCCAUCCAUGUUUGGCUUCCUUUCUAAGAGUUGGGGAAUUGAGAGAUUUUGAAAGGGCUGGAAUGGAAAUAUACAACCAAAUAUUUCAGAACCCUCUGAUUGACGCCACGCGAUCAUUUUACUCGCAAUGGGCAUGCCAACGGGAGUCGGAAUUAGGAUGUGCUCAGUAUGUGACUGAGGCACUAGCUUUGCGAACAGAAGAAUAUAAUCGGGCUAUGCAAUAUUAUAAAUGUUCACUGCUACCAAUGCAAAAUUUGUUUCAAGAAAUAAUUGUUGAACAGCGUUUGAAUUUCCUUAACAUGAACGUUCGCUACGUUAUUGCCGAAGAGGAUAAAUCGAAUUUAAGAAAUCUUUUUCGAUUAUUAUCUCCCAAUAAUCUUUGUAACGAGCUAUUACAUUGUUUCGGUGAACAUGUUCGAACUAGCAUUUUAGAAGCUAUUUCGAAUCUUCCAAAAGACUCUUCGUUAACACAGAUUCACUUUAUAGAGAGUCUUUUAAAUCUACGAAGUAGAUUUUUGGAUUAUAUUGAUGAUGUUUUUGAUGGAAAAACUGCUUUUCGUAAUCAAAUGGAUAAAGCUUUUAAUUUGGCUGUGAAUGGUCGUGUACCAUCUUCAAGUAUUCUAGCUUCUGCAUCUAGACAGACUAACUACAGACCAUCAGAACUGUUAUGUCGAUAUAUGGAUUCUUUAUUGCGUAAAUCUGUCAAAACUAUGUCCGUUUCAGAAAUUGAAACUAAGCUGACAGCUUCAAUUGCUAUUUUCAAGUAUAUUGAUGAUAAAGAUCUUUUUCAAAAGUAUUAUCAGCGUAUGUUAUGCAAAAGAUUAGUGUUCAAUUAUUCUUCCAUGCUUGAACUUGAAGAAUCUGUAAUUAAUCAGUUAAAAACCGUGUGCGGUUAUGAAUUUACUUCGAAAUUUCAGCGUAUGUUUAAUGAUAUACAACUUAGUCCUGAAUUAAAUCGGAAAUUUACGGAGUAUUUACAAUCAAAAGAUUUACGUUUUACAUUUGGUCAUCAUUUUCACGUUUUAACACAAUGUUCAUGGCCAAUUUCGCUUAGUGGUGUUACAGAUUUUUUGCUCCCACUCGAAUUGUAUACUUGUACUUAUCAUUUUGAAGAAUUCUAUACAGCUGCUCAUCAAGGAAGAAAAAUGAGAUGGGCACAUAGUUAUUCAACAGCAGAAAUUCAAGUGCUUUUCACUGAUAAAGCCUAUCAAAUACAAGCUCCUGCUAUUAAUGCAGCUAUUCUACUAUUUUUUGAUCAUAUGGAUUCAGAUCGUGUCACAGUAAAAGAUUUACAUUUCGGAUUACAGCUAACUGUAUCUGAAGGUCGAUCAACUAUAUGUAGUGGAAAUAAUCCUCCGUCUAAACGAAAUACAGCAGCCACUGACUCUUCAAUUACCAGUAAAAUGGAAACUUGUCCUCAAGAUGUACUUGAUUCUUCAUGUGAACUGGACCUUAUUCAACGACUUUUAACACCAUUAAUUGAGUUGAACAUUAUUUAUAUCGAAACAACUGAAGGGCAAAGUAAUAAUUCAUUGGGUAACAUCCUGACAAUGGAUAGCGUUAUUGCCUUGAAUCGUUCGUUUACCAACAAACGUCUAAAGCUAAAAGUGAAUUUCGGUUCACAAGGAAAAGAAUCAAAUCAAUCCGAAGGUGACCAGGUUGAUCGUCAAGUGAACGAGGAUCGGCGUUACUUCAUACAAGCGGCUAUUGUACGUAUUUUAAAGUCUCGACGACAGAUAAAGCAUGCUCAACUUAUUGAAACUAUUUUACAACAAGCAUCUAACCGCUUUCAACCACCGAUACCACUAAUUAAGCGUUGUAUUGAAGGCCUAAUAGAUACUGGCUACCUUGAACGAAAUCCAGAUGAUCCUGAUCAAUACAGUUAUCUUGCAUGA